AUGAUUAAUGACAAUCAAUUGAAUACCUUAGUCAUAUCUUUGGGCCUCGUAAUGAUGACACUGAUCGUGGUUUAUCACGCUAUCAGUUCGACCGUUGGAAAGAAGGCUAAAGCUUAG